AUGUCUUUAAAGCUUUUUGAAGACCUUCUCAAGAUAGUUAUUCGCACAUUUUAUGAUGAAGCAGCCAUUGUAGUUCUUGACUAUAUUCUUUAUUACAAAAAUGUUGAGGAACAUCAAAUGUCGGAAGCUUUAAAUCUUCCUUUCAAAAGAGUAAGACAAGCUUUAAUUGAAAUGGGGGAAAACAGCAUUUUGAUAUGUAGAGAAGGAAGAAGAGAUAGGAGACAUGAGGAAAGAAGCGGAAAUAUGUUUACGAGAGGACCAGACAUUGGGAAAAUGGUUUAUUGGGGGUUUAAUCCUGAUAUCAAAAAUGUGAUAUGCUGCAGAAUUGUGGAUCUUAAGGAAUCCCUCGAGAAAUUGGUUGAUGAUGCAAGGCAAAUUCUAUAUAAAUGUGAAAAAUGUCAUAGGGAUUAUUCUGUCGAAGAUGCGGCUAUAUCUCGAUUUACAUGUAAUUUCUGUCAGGGAUCACCUUUAGUCCAAAAACUUUUAAAUGUCACAGAAGCACUCGAUCAGAGAGACAGAGGGAUACAGCAAAUUAGGCUAUUGGAAAGUCAAAUGAGGAACUGCCUAAAUAUUGACUUGCCGCCUUCAUUUUUUGGGAUCAUGCCUGACGUAAUCGAUGAGCCAAGACCUGCAAAUCGUGCACAAUCAUAUAGGGCUGCUCCUAUUGUAGAUGGAUCCUCUAGAAACUAUACAAUUGCAGUCAAUCUUCCUGAAGCAGAUGAAGAAAAAAGAGAUGACACUGAAGAGCUCAAAGACGUUGACAGAGACUUAAUGAGAUAUUAUCACAGAUUUGAAAGGAGAAACAAAAAGAGGAAAAAAGUUACCGAAAACAAUGAAAAUUUACAAAAAUUCAACGUCCUUGGAAACCCUGUCACUCUUUCUGACAUAACUCCUCAGCUUCAAGCUGAAAUGACAGCUAGUGAGCACUUCGAGUUUUCUAGAUCGAUAAUGCAGAACUUAAAAUUCUUGUAG